AUGGCAAUGAAAGAAGGCGAUGGAAUGCAAUCCUUUCUUUCCAAAGUUGCUGAAAUCGUCAACCAAAUUCGAAGCCUUGGUGACGUUAUUGAAGAAUGUAAAAUUGUUCAAAAAAUUCUAAGAAGUCUUCCGGCGAAGUUCGAUCAUGUUGUUGCGGCCAUAGAAGAAUCUAAAAAUCUUUCCACCUAUACCUUUAAUGAAUUGAUGAGUUCUCUUCAAGUUCAUGAGGAAAGGUUGAAUAGGUCAUCAAAUCAGCCCGUGGAUCAAGCUUUUCAGUCGAAACUUCAUAUUUCGGACAAGAAAAGUUCAAGAUGGCAAGGUGGAAAAGGCUGCUUCAACAACAAAGGAAAAAGACAAGGAAAAUUCUUUAAAGGAGGAAAAGAACAACAAUCUGAAAAUUCUUUUUCGGGUUGUCGUAUUUGUAAAAAAUCGAACCAUGAAACUAAAAAUUGUUUCUUCAGAUGCAAGAGCUGCAAGGAUACGGACCACUCGUAUUCUAAAUGUCCAAGAAAAAAUAAAGACGACAAAGACGAAGCAAACUUCUCCAAGCAUGAAGAAGACCAACUCUUUUCUUGCAUAAAUGGGCAAAAAGAGUUCGAGAACGUGUGGUAUGUCGAUAGCACAUGUAGCAACCACAUGUGUGGUGAUCGUAGUAUCUUUGUGGAGAUAGAUACUAAUCACUACUCUAAAAUAAAACUUGGAGACGGAAGCAUUCUUGAAGCAAAAGGAAAAGGCGCAAUUGAUGUUAACAAAAAGGGAAGCAAUCAAAAGCUCAUUAAAGAUGUUCUUUUCGUUCCGAGCAUCACUCAAAAUUAUUGA